AUGCCUUUUGCCUUUCGAUGUUUACGAUUACGGAGUCAUAGCAACAGUUGUUUUGACAACAAUGCUAUACAUAAAAUUUUUAUUAAUACCAAAAUGAAGCCAACAUUUAAUUUUUUGAUUAACCACAAGAUGUUACCAGGUCGUAUUACUAUCGGAAAAUACGACGGUAAAAAUGCUUGUUUGACUGCAGCCACAAUAGCGGACAAGGUGCUUAUUCACAGUCCUCAUAGAAGAACCGGCCUUCCGACUGGACGAAUAACUUGGUCUGAGACGAAUGCGGAAGUGGCCACGCUGGCGUUGAAUCAGCCAGUGACGGCAUUGGUGGCGGGCAAGCUCAUUGAAAACGACGACAAAGACAUCUUGGUCAUCGGAUCGCCAACUCAUAUUUUAGCCUACCACGUUGAGAAUAAUACCGACGUCUUUUUCCAAGAGAUUCCCGAAGGAUCUUCUUCAAUCAUAAUUGGAUACUUGGGGAGUAUAAAUACUCCCUUGGCAAUAGUUGGAGGUGCUUAUGCAGUUAGAGGUUUUGAUGCAACAGGCAAGGAGCAUUUUUGGUUUCUUCCUGGAGGAAAUGUAAAGGCUCUUGAAUUAUUGGAUACGGAUGAUGACGGAUUAAACGAACUAAUAACUGGGAGCGAUGAUUGUUUCAUUCGGUCGUACAAAGCGGAUGGCACCCUCCUCACCGAGUGGUACGAAACUGCACCUGUGACACUAUUAGCGAAAUUAGCGAACGCGACCAGACUUGCUUACGGAUUAUCCAAUGGGACGAUUGGCGUCUACGAAGACGGCGUCAGAUUGUGGCGGGUCAAGAGCAAAAAUGCAGUGAAUUCCAUACAUGGUUUUGACAUGAUGGGUUUGGGACACGACCAAUUGAUAACUGGCUGGAGUAACGGCAAGGUGGAUGUCAGAGACACUUUUACUGGCGACGUUUUGUUUAAAGUGAAUUUGUCUCAAUCGGUGGCAGCGGUACUGCGCGGCGAUUACAGAAACGUCGGCAAGGAUGACUUAAUAGCAUGCAGCAUCGAGGGAGAAAUUUGCGGAUAUGUAACUCAAACCGCAGUAAGUGAGAGCGCUUUGAUUCGAAAACAAGAAGUCAUAAAAGAACUAAUGUCGAAGAAGCAAACACUUCAACUGGAAUUGAAGCACUAUCACGCCAACGAACGCGCAAACCAGGACCGAGAAAAAACCAGGGACCAUGCCAAAUUGAGAACAGGUGAAAACAGCUUGAUACCGGCCAACACUCGUCUACAGAUAGGUGUUGCUACAAACUUAGACUCCAAAAAGCCACACGUUGAAUUGUCGAUAUGUACAAAUAACGAAACCAUAGUGCGAUGUGUACUUGUGUUUGCUGAAGGAAUAUUCUUAGGAGGUGGAGAGUCGCUCAUAUUAUAUCCACCACCAUCUAAAGUGGCAAGUAAAUUGUGCGUUCCCUUAAUUCCUCCAAGGGACGUUCCUGUCGACAUACAUAUAAAGGCUUUUGUUGGCAACCCAGAAUGUUCUCAAUAUCACGUAUUUGAACUAACAAGGCAAUUGCCAAGAUUUUGUAUGUACGCCAUCCCUCAAGAAAUUACAUCAUCGCCUAAGACCGUGCGUUUUCAUAUCGCAGAAAGGUUGCAGCGAAUUUGCAUCUGGAUAAACCAAAAUUUCUUAUUGAGCAGUGACAUAAUUGCACAGCCAACUGAAGAUCAAGAACUGAAACUUCUUUUAACAUGCCUUAGAGAUAAUACACAGCUAUUGAUGGAGUUCACAGGUGAUGGAGAAGUAAUUCUGACCACACCAAAUAUGGCCCUGGCAGCUGAUUUAAUUCAGUCAUUAGCAAGCUUCUUAAAAUUAGAAAAUCUACAAUCAGAAGCUCGUUUCAAUGCCGAAGAAACAAAAUUAAGAAAUUUAAUAGAGAAAUUGAAUGGUCUCCAAGAAACCACAAAUAUUUUACAGGCGGAACGUGCAGAACACUUAGGCAUUUUGAGAAGCUUAGCCGUAAAAGCCGAAGAUGCCAGAAUCAAUUUCGAAGACGAUAUACAGAAAUAUUACGAUGAAAUAGAGACCAUGAAUUCGGACUUGAUGCGUGGCUAUCAGAUAAGAAUGGCGAAUUACGAAGAGACACAGGAAGCUCUCAAAAGUACAAAUGCCAUCAUAAAACAGGCCGCCAGGUUAAGAGUUGGAAAGUACGCAACCAACAUGAUAAAGCAAUGCAGAACAGCAAUCAAAAAUAACAACAUCGACCAUUUAAUCAAAAUUUUACGAACGGCCGAUGUAUGAUACACGAAC